AUGAAGACCUACCUGACGAAGACCAAUCUGACGAAGACCUACCUGACGAAGACCAAUCUGACGAAGACCAACCUGACGAAGACCAACCUUACGAAGACCAACCUGACGAAGACCUACCUGACGAAGAACUACCUGACGAAGACCUACCUGACGAAGACCAAUCUGACGAAGACCAACCUGACGAAGACCAACCUGACGAAGACCAACCUGACGAAGACCUACCUGACGAAGAACUACCUGACGAAGAACUACCUGACGAAGACCAACCUGACGAAGACCAACCUGACGAAGACCAACUUGACGAAGAACUACCUGACGAAGACCAACCUGACGAAGACCAACCUGACGAAGAACUACUUGGCGUCGACCUAUACCUGA